CUAGACGCGGAGGGCGGGGCAACUAAGCAUUCAAGAGCCGCACCCUUAAGGAAACGACCUACCUCAUGUUAACCAUCACCAUCAAAUCACGAACAGCAAUCGGACUACACACGAACGAACGUCAUAGAACCCGAAGCCGACUUACAGUAAUAUGGAUUCCACUGGAGAAGAUACCGAUGUCAAGCUCUACAAGGCGUCGGGAGGUGUCUUUGACGACUUCCUGGCAUCUCUUCCAGAAGCUCUCCACGACGAGACUGGAUCACUGCGACGAAUGUGCGACAAGAAGCAAGUCGAGAGACUGGUCAACCUGCUAGAACCCUUCCAAGAAUCCCCCCAACUCCUCGAUCCUCAUUUGCCGCAGUUCCUGGCUCCUCUCACGACUGCCUUCACAACCUACAUCGCGGAAAGCUCGCAGAGCAAUGGCGAUCUGCCACCACGCGGCUACUAUACCCUUCCGGUCGCCAUCUCGCGCUUGCUCUACACUCUCGCCAAGAUCCGCGGCCCCAAGAUCAUAUCGCGCUUCUUGCCCAACCAGCCCCAUCUGCUCGAUCCUGUAGCUACCCUGUUCGAUAAUCCGUCCACCGGUGUCAAGGUCUCGUGGGAACUACGAUACAUCCUGCUCCUAUGGCUGAGCCAUCUCCUGCUGGCACCGUUCGAUCUGAGCACCAUCUCGACCGACCCGCCUGCGGGCGUCACCCAUGACCUGUCCAUUCUCGACGGCACCGCGUUGAGCAUUACCACUCUUCCUCACUUAUCGCAACGGCUACUGGUCCUGGGAAUAUCGUAUCUGUCAUCGCCAGGCAACCGUGAGAGCGAUGCAGCGGCACUGCUGUUGAUCCGGAUUUCGCUACGUCGGGACAUGCGUAGCCUGGGGCUCCUGGAUGCUAUGGUGAUCUGGGGAACGCAAGUUAUGGCGACAGUUGAUACUAUGGCACACGCACGGACAUUGUUUCUCAAGACGGGAGUGCUCGCCGUGCUAGCAGGCUUACUCGCACAGGGCGAUUCGGCUGUGGUGGAGAAAUUUUGCCCUACGAUUUUCGACCUGGUGACAACACUACAGGACGACGAACGCGAGGAGUGGCAGUCGGCUGGUGUGCGGAGACUAGGCAUGAAGAUCUACCGAUGGGUAGCGUCACUGACCCUGGCACAUCCGACAGAGAAGGACUACAUAGAGGAUAUCAUUGAAAGACUGUUGAAUGCGCUUGGCGACCGUGAUACAGCGGUGCGGUUCGGAGCAUCUAAAUCACUAGCGGUGGUGGCGAGAAAGUUGGAUCCGGAUAUGGCGGGUGAAGUGCUGGAGGCAGUCAUGAGUGUGUACGAGGAGGACGUCUUUCUCGAGCAGGGAAGAAAAGUCUUUUCGGCUGUUUCACCAGAGAAGUGGCAUGGCGCGACAUUGACACUUGCAACUUUUCUUCGCCAGCGCGCGGUGAGAUCGACCGACGUUAUGACGAGAGUGGUUGAGUGUAUGAUUCAGGCUCUGUCGUUUGAGCAGCGACGGUCAACUUUCGCCGUCGGCGGAAACGUGCGUGAUGCGGCGUGCUAUGCGGUGUGGAGUCUGGCGAGAUGUUAUACCACCGAUGAACUACAGGCUGCCGGCGACAUUGUAGUUCCGGCGACAGAAUUGAAGGAAGGUCGUCACAUCAUCCAAAUUCUUGCCACGCAACUGGUGGUGGCCGGUUGUCUUGAUCCUUUGGGGAACGUGCGGCGUGCUUCAUCCGCCGCACUGCAAGAGAUAGUGGGGCGUCACUCCGGGUGUGUCAUAGAGGGCAUAUCAUUGGUGCAAGCGGUUGACUACAAUGCCGUCGCCUUAAGACAACGUUCAGUAAUCAGCGUUGCAAGCUCUUCAGUAAAGCUGGACCUGGACUACUGGAAGAGCAUCGUCCUGGGACUGGUCGGCGGCUGGCGUGGGAUAGGGGGUAGUGACGAUGAUGGACGGCGACUGGCGGCAGUGAGCUUGGGCAACAUGGUACGCAUUACGUAUCCCACAGACACCGCAACGAGUGUCGGCGAGCGAGCAGAGUUCAUCUUGCAAGCAGUCGUUCGACGAACCAUAACGGAGGGCUUGAAACACAUCGAGAUUUACCACGGCUGUCUGCUUGCCCUGGCCGAAGUUAUUGACCGACUGGAUCCUGGCAUGUUGAAGGAGAGCGACGUAAACGCACUCCAGCACAACGUUUUUGCCAAACUGAAAGGAAACGAGUUCAUCAAUCCUGUUCUUCGUCCCGAAUUGACGGCCGAGGCUGCCUGUCGCCUUGUCAGAUCACUUUGUCUGGCCACACCAACGCAGAUCACGCCCUUGACCAGCACAUGGCGGCUGUGGACUGCAAUCCUCGAAACCUCGUUAGAUCGCAUGGAAGAUGCUGUGCUCGACCAAGCCGUUCCCGCAGCCGACGCACUGCUCGACAAGAUCUCGGCUGAUAAUCGGCAACGACUUGUCGAGAGCUGGUGUGUCAAGGUGGCGGAUCCCUCGUACCACCGGCGAGGGCAUAUUCUGGCGCUCGGGCACGUGGUCCGUUCUAUGUCAGGGGCCGAUGCAGAAAAGGUGACCGACGUCCUCAUCGCUGCCGCCCGUCGCACAGACGAUGUGGAAAUUCGCGUCGCUGGAAUGAAGGCUCUUGGUUCCGGCGUCACCUUUGUUCCCAUGGUGAUCGAAGCCAUCCUCAAUUCUCUAGAUGAUUAUGCCGUCGACGCCCGAGGCGAUGUCGGAUCAUGGGUCCGCUCCGAAGCUGUUUCUGCGACGCUUUCACUGUUUACCCACAGCAACAUCUCCAUGUCAGAUGAUACCAAAUGGGCUUUCCUAAGUAAAAUUUCUCGCCUCGCGGUGGAGAAGCUGGACCGUCUCCGCCUCCGUGCCGCUGAAGUGUUUCUUAGCAUAAGUGGUGCCUUCCCAUCCAUAAGUCCUAUCAGCCCAGAAGUACUCCAGGUCCCGACAACCGAAUACUUCAUCCUCUUCCUUCCACUCCUCAGCCAUCCACAAGUCCGUGAGUUACUGGUCGAGGGCUUAAUCACCUCCGCCGGGGCCGGCAGCGACUCCGUCCUAAAAGCCUCGCGAAUUGCUCUGCUACAGCACCUCGCUUCCUCCCCUUCCUCCCGCGACGACUUCGCCACCGCCCUUAUCUCAGUCUUCCGCCGGGCAGUGGAAAACCCGCAAGACCGCAUCACAAUCCCACUUAUGGAUGUAGCCAGCCUUCUGAUUGACAUGUCACUGCUCCCGCUCGCCGACAUCGGAAAACGUCUUUUCAUUCUGACACAGAAAGCGCACUUCCGCACCACCAGCGUGCCAAAGUUAGCUGCCGCCGUCCGUGUCUACGGCUCCCUGGCGUUGGCCGCGACCGCCGAGCCAUGGCAUGGAGACGUGGUGACAAAGCUAGUGGCAAUGCUGCUGCACCCGUUUCCCCGCGUCAGGAUGGAUGCAAGUGCUAUGGUGUAUCUAGUUGCCGCCGAGGGUGGGAGUGAUGUGGCGGCGGGAAUGGAGAAGGUGGACUGGGGGAGGAGUACGAAGGAAUUGGCCGGGGUUGUGAAGACGGUGAAGGCGGGCCUUUGUUGAUUCGAUAUAGAACGUAGAAUGGUCGUUUUAAAGGCGAAUAGAUGGGGGGUUAGAUGUGAUAGUUGAAGUUUUUUCUGGGGGUCCUGGAGUGUGUGAUGGAGCUG